AUGAAUACAACAACAAAUAUAAUAUGGUUACAAAAUAAUCAAGAUGAACCAAUACCAAAUGAAUUACAUUCAUAUAUUGCUUUAUUUACAAGUGAAGAUGUUUGUUAUCAAUUUAUAUCAUCAUUACCAAAUAAUUUACAUGGUUUAACACUUGUUGUUACUGAUUCAACAAUAUUAAUAGAUCGUCUUAUAAAAUUAAAACAAAUUUCAACAAUAUAUAUACUUUCAUCAACAACAAAACCACAUAUAAAACAUUCAUCAAAAAUUCAUGGAAUUUUUUAUGAUCGUCAAUCAUUAAUAAAUCAAAUUAUAUCAGAUUUAAAUCGAAUAAAAUCAUUACCACCUGGUUUUUUAAAUGGCAUUAUUGCACCAUUUCAAGGUUUUUAUUUUAUUUUACUACAUCCAUCAACAUGGACACGUGCACUUAUACCAGCAUUCAUAUUUACUAUACUUCUAUUUACUUUUUCAAUACCUAGUAU